AUGCGACUUUGGUUAAAACGUUUGAACCGAACGCUAAACGAUAAUGUCACAACGCCUCUACAUACCUUUGCGCUCGCGGUGGCCCCUAACUCUAAUGUGGCGUCUGAUGCUGCCGGAGGGGCAUGUGUAGCCAUGCCAUCGACGAGUAAAAACAUUCCUAGCAAUAAUCAUGUUGCUUUGGCUAAAAAUACUUAUUCUUCAGUUGGUGUUACGGCUCCUGGUGAAAUUAUGUUUCAGACCAAGUGCCCGGGUGGUGGAAUACUUUGUAUCGAGGACGUCAAUACUUAUUACCAGGCCUGCUGUACGUAUUUACAACUACUCCGUGAACGCUCUGAUCUUCUGGCUAGUGUGUCGAGUAGCCUCCUGACAGAACAAUUUUUAUGCCCAGGCCGCCUUAUACUCAUACGUUGGCCAGGUAGUUCUGAAUCCGAUCUGAGUCAGAUAAACAGGUUGCCCAAAGCUGUAUUGGACAGACAUAUCGCGUCUGAAGCUCGGCCAGACUGGCUCAUUCCGGCCUUUCUUAUUGAUUUAAAUAAAACAUCUGUGGCGAAUCGUCAUGAGCCAAAGUUGAAUCUUCUAAGUUGGGAUGCCCCUAACAAAAGCACUCGUGACUUUUCUGAUGAGCUAGCUCCUCGAGGGACAUUUGACUCGAAUUGCUACCAGGAGCUGCUUGAUGGAGAAGAAGAAAUUUUACGCUCUGGUGAGGAAGCUUGGAUGACUCAAAUUCCAUAUCCACCCCAAAUGAUGCCGCUUUUUACUCCAUUGACUGUAGAAGAUGGCCUCGCUCGUCUCAUCCAAUUAUCAAAUGUUCCAUUCAGCCGGGUUGUUCGUAUCUUCGAUCUCACUCUUAAAAACUUUGCUUCUACGCAAACCAGCCACUUGCCUUUUGGCACAAUGCUCACCACAGCACUUGAAGCUGCGCUCGCAGCCAAUCGGAAUCGUGUUCUCGCUCUAGAAUGUGGCUUCCGUAUGACUAUACGCAACAGUGGAAAUGCAUCGGGAGGCUUUCAUGGGUGCGUUGGCAGCGGAUACGGGUGUGGCAAAGGCAGUGGGGCUUUAAGUGACCAGAACCUCGCUGAGUUGGCCAAUUCGGCUCUCUUUCAUUUUGCCUCUGGUCUGAAAGCUGCUGGAAUCGUCCAGAAAACCGAAUUUCCCGCAGAUAACGGCCUCGACGAAUUAUCUUCAGGCCAUUGUGCUGAUGGCAAGGAACAAUCAAUUUUAUCGGACAAGUCUCCGUUGUGCAUUCUGCUUCGAGGUAUUCCUAUUGGGGCGCCUCCGGAACUAGCUAUACAUCGAGUCUCCAAGUUAAAAGUCGGUCAAAUUUUACAAUAUAUAUAUUGCAUUAUCUAG